AUGCACGACGAAAUUCCGUCCGAAGAGUGCUGAUCAGCAGCUAUGUACGACGUGCCAUCUUCCACCCCAGCCAAGCACCAGCUCGUACGUACAGCACGGCCCAUUGCACUCCCCGAGCGCCGUCGCCUCGUUCCCAGCGCCUCUACCAGCGUCUGGGUAUCCCGAUCGGGCGAUAUCCCACCGACACGUCGUGAUCAGCCAUAACUCGACGGGGAUGGCACCAGAUUACAGCCAGACGCGUCCCAUGAUACCACAUUUCAACGCGCAAGGUGAACUGAUUGAUCCUGCAGUCG